CGCUUUUGUAAAGCCGGGCUACUUUCACUUUGAACCACAACAACCACAGAACUUUGAGGAACUGCAUCUCAGGAACAGCACAACAACAGUCACAGGAUUCAAUUUAAUUAAGAGGCAUGGCAAAUGAAGAAAACUACGAAGAAUUGGAGAAGAUGUAUGGAGACAUGUUUUCAUACAGGUACACCGAUAAGGAUAAAGAUUAUGUGGAGACAGUGUCCAGUCCAGUCCCUUCCUGCCCCUGUGUGACAGGUUACUACACCCGCUCUCGAAACCAGGAUAACCGAAACAGAGGCAGGGGAAAUUGGAACUCACGAGGCCAAGGGAAUAGAUAUGGCAAUAGAAACCAGAACCAGUAUGGAGGUGACCAGGGUCAUUAUAGCAGGAAUGAUGGUUACCAUGGAAACCAAGGUCACAAUAGAAAUUAUGGAGGUCAAGAUCGUUACAAUGAAGGUGAAAGUAGAGACAGAGGCAACAGACAUUAUGAAGGCAGGCGAUACAAUCCAUACUAAAUGUAAUGAAUAUGUGUUUGCUUUUUGUGUUAUUAAGACUUCACCUCUAAAAGUUGGAAUGAUAACGGUAUAUACCGGAGGUAAAGGUCACACAUAAUCUGCAAGCAAAAGAUAAAUCCUGAUUAGUAUUUGUUACAUUUGAUACAUUUUUCCGCCAGAAAGGUAUUGAAUAGUUAUAAUCUUGAAUUUCAUCACAUUCUGAUACAAAUAUACAUUUAUGACAAAUCAGAUUUAUGUUGUGUUUUUUUGGGAGAAAAGAAUAAACACUUUAUUGUU